UGCUUGGCAUUCCUGACUGUGUUGGUUAGAUGUGGUGGGUACAGUAAAGCUUACGCUAUCUACGUAUGUGGCCAUGGAUGCACGUAUGUAGGGGGCCUCCAAAAGUCACGUGGCAUCAGCUAUAUGCUCUGCAUCCGUACGGAGGUUAGCGCAUCUGUAGUAAUUAUCAGCCAAUCAAACUUGAUUACAAAGUUGCGCGGGGGUAAGCGGUGCAGAGCCUCUGGGAUGUGUGUGGUAAGACGGAGGAGACGGCGUAGCAACCACACCACUUCACACAACUCCACCUCAAACUGCCUCUUCCAAGUAUCGCUUCUUGAGCCCAAUAAAUAUCCGCAUCCAUUGUGCCGCGAACCAAAGAUGUCUCGGACGAUGACGAAUGGGAGCCGUAGGAAGGAGGAGCCACAAGUAGCUCUCGUGAUCAGAGCCUGCGACAUGUGCAGGAAGAAAAAGAUACGCUGCGAGAUCGUUGCAGACACAUGCGCUCAAUGUCUUAAAUACAAAACUCCAUGCCACUUCACACCUGUAAGCAUGAAACGGACACCGAGGCGAUCACCCAAGGACAAAUAUCUCCAAGAUUUGGAACAGAGACUGAAGCGAAUGGAGGAGCAAUUGAAGUGCGCCAUGGCCCGACAGCCUGGUGCAGAACAUGCCGGGGAAAGCUCGUCUGAAUCCUCGGGAACAGCCACUCCAUAUCACCUUCAGACUGGGAUGUAUCACAACCCGCAAAUGGAAUUGGAUGUACCUAUGGUUGAAUAUACAUCGCCUACCGAGGAUUUCCUUCAACCUAUGGACUUUGGCCAACCCAUCCAGAAGACCAUCUUUGCAGAGAGUCCUGAGUAUCAAACUGCACCAUUGUUCUUGUAUGACAAUCCGCACAACCGGAACAUACCUUUCAGCCCCCUCCCGCCAGUGGACAAAGGGCUUGCUCUGAUAGAGAAGUCGUUGCGGGGCUUCAACUCCGCUUUUCCGAUAUUUGAUCGGGAAACUUUCCUUGUCAAGUACCAGAAUCCAGAGUCCAACCUAAACAACACUUGUUGGUGGGCUUGUUUGAACGUGGUACUAGCUCUCAGCCAUCGGUUCACAGGCACAACAGUUACCGAAGAGGAGCAAGAUCUCGAAGCCUGGGGAUACUUCCAAAAUGCUUUGUCAGUCAGUGAUCAAUUGAUAACCAUGGGGCCAUCAGUUCAGUCCGUGCAGGCGCUAAUUGGUCUUGCUCUCCUGUUCCUUGGAUCGCCUAACCAGGGACCGGUUUCCUUGCUAAUCUCCUCCGCCAUCAAGCUCGCUCAAAGAAUGAAAUUGCAUAGAAGCUACCAAAACUCUACACUUCCACUUUCUGAGAUUGAGCAGCGAAAGCAGAUAUUCUGGAGUGCUUACACAAUUGAUAAAGAUCUCAGUCUUACAACGGGGCAACCCCCAGCACAAGACGAUGAUGAUAUGGACGUGGAAAUGCCCUCAGAGAGUCCAUCAGAAGAAUCAAAAGUGUUUGCGUUCCGAAUCAGAUUAGCGAGAAUACAAGGACAAAUAUACAAACACCUAUGCUCCGUCAGAGCUCGUCGCAAACCCUCCAACGAACGAGUAAUGGCAGCGCGAAAGCUGGAGAAAGUCCUUCAAAUGUGGAAAGCGAAGAUUCCGGAAGAAAUCUUUGAGUACCACCAAGAAAAUGGAAACGACGGAGUAUACUCCAUUAUUCUCCAGCUCUCGUACUUCAACGCCAUCUCCACCAUCUACAACUCCCUGCCCAAUUUCCCCAUGAACUGCGAGCUCUCCAUACCUCAGCAUCCAGAAAUCACAUACGAAGCACGAAAAGCCAUCAACCUACUCGACGCAACUCCGAGAAGAAACUACGCCUGUUUAUGGGCCGUCUUCCCAAUCUACGUGACAGCCAGCACAACCCUCCUAACCUACACCCUCUCCAAACCCACCAACGCCUCCGCAGCCCUCGACCUCAAACUCAGCCAAUCGCUGCUCCGCAUGCUCGUAACCCUCGCGCGCGUCAGUGAGGGCCAGCGCCCAGAAGUCGCCGAAAUGUACCGGUCGUCCGUCGAGCUGUUCGAGAAGGCGAGAAUGGCUAUCGAGACGUCAAAGAAGGCGAUUCGCGACACGGAUAACAAAGAUGAUGUAGAUGUUGAUGAUGAUGAGAAGGGAUUAUUCGCUCCGCCGGAGGGACAGAAGGAGUCGGUGGAGGACUUUUUGAAGAGGAUGGAAAGGAUUGGGCGUGCGGGGUAUGAGCAUUUCGAUUUGGAUUUGCUUUCACCCAAGACGUUGGCGUGGGUUGAGAGUCAUAAUAUUGCGGCGAGGAAAGGGUGA